UUGUACAUAUCUUUGUCCAUCAGAUCAAAAUCAAAUCAAGAAACUUAUCAGUGGGUUUGCAAAAACUUAUUACAUUAUUAUUUUCAGAAAUCUAGUUACUUAGCAGCAGCUCAGAAACCCUAAAAAUAAAUACGGAUCCGAAUGCACCAAGAAAUGGGAUCCGAAUCAUCACCCGUUAUCGUUCCAAGGAGCUUUAGAUUACUAGAAGAACUUGAAAGAGGAGAAAAGGGAAUUGGCGAUGGAACUGUCAGCUAUGGGAUGGAUGAUGCCGAUGAUGUAUACAUGCAAUCAUGGACAGGGACUAUCAUCGGUCCUUCUAACACUGUUUAUGAAGGUCGUAUCUAUCAACUGAAACUAUUUUGUGGACCCGAGUAUCCGGAGCAGCCGCCGAGUGUCCAGUUUCAGUCACGAAUAAACAUGAGCUGUGUAAAUCAAGAGACAGGCGUGGUUGAACCAUCUCUUUUCCGCAUACUCGCCGAUUGGCAACGAGAGUACACCAUGGAAGACAUAUUGACUCAACUUAAAAAGGAAAUGACCUCUCCACAAAACAGAAAGCUCACUCAGCCUCCUGAAGGAAACGAUGAUGGGAGGGUGGACCCGAAGGGAAUAGUGGUGCGGUGUUGUAUUAUGUAAGUAACACAUCUCAUCAGAUGCUACCAUUACGUAUAUAGUUACCUAAAUUAACCGAACCAUGUUGUAUUAUGUAACAACAGAUGGAAUGUUGGUUAAAUGUGAUCAUUAACACACUAAAUGUCCCAAUGUGAAAAGAAUGCAUUGGCUACUCAUUAGUUUGUAUUAUGACUACUUAUGUCUGCUUAAAGACUUGUUUUGCCACUAA